AUCCAACAAGUCGGCCAACCCAACAAAGUGUGCUACUUUCUGAACUUGAAAGCUCAUAAAGCUUUUGAAUCCUCAACAACCAAGUUCCAAGGACCCAGUUCAGAAAAUGCUCUCCAAGUUCUGUGCAUCACCACCCAGUUCUGGGUUUUGCUGGCUUCGUUUUGGGUAUCCUUCAAGGUAUUCUUCAGUGUAUAAUAAGCCUCGGCUCAGGAUUGUGGGGCAAUCUUUGGGGGAUAAGUGGAAGCUCAAUGACAUUGAUCCCAAUGUGGUGCAAGAAAAGUUGAAUUCAUGGCUACUGAAGACCCAAAGCUUUUUAACUGAAGUUACUUCUCCACUAGUAAAAACUAGUCAGACUGGAAAACCUGUCACCGAAGAUGCUUUUGAGACACAAGAUAUGGAUGAUAUAUUUAUGGCUGAACAGACUAUUAAUAGCAGAACACCAAAUGGAACUCUGUCUUUGGCUGCUAUUGUAUCUAUAGAGCAGUUUAGCAGGAUGAAUGGAUUGACGGGGCAGAAAAUGCAGAAAAUAUUCAAAGCACUUGUUGCCGAAUCUACAUACAAUGAUGCUCGUAAUUUGGUUGAAUAUUGCUGCUUUAGGUUUUUGUCAAGGGAUGCUUCUGAUAUUCAUCCUUCCCUGAAGGAACCUGCAUUCCAAAGACUGAUAUUCAUAACAAUGCUUGCAUGGGAGAAUCCUUAUCAAGAACCUCUUGCCAGUGGUUCAGAGAAAGCUUCUUUCCAGAGAAAACUUGUCAGAGAAGAGGCUUUUGUACGUUUGGCUCCUGCUGUUUCUGGUGUGGCUGAUAGGUCCACUGUACAUAAUCUAUUUAAGGCUCUCGCUGGUGAUGCACAAGGCAUCCCUUUGAGCUUGUGGUUGACUUAUGUUGAUGAACUUCUCAAGGUUCAUGAAGGAAGGAAAUCGUACCAGAUACGAGAAUCCCCAAACCUUUCUGAGGAGAGAAUCUUAUGCAUUGGUUCCAGCAGGAAACGGCCUGUCCUAAAAUGGGAGAACAAUAUGGCCUGGCCUGGAAAAGUUACUCUAACUGAUAAAGCUAUUUAUUUUGAGGCAGCUGGCUUAUUUGGACAGAAUGAUUCUAUGAAGUUGGAUCUGACAAAAGAUGGAUUGCGAGUUGAAAAAGCAAAAGUUGGACCUUUUGGUUCUGUUCUCUUUGAUUCUGCGGUCUCUAUAACAUAUGGUCCCGAGUCAAAAGACAAGUGGGUGCUGGAAUUUGUUGACUUGGGUGGAGAAAUGAGGCGAGAUGUCUGGCAUGCGUUUAUUAGUGAGAUUAUUGCGUUACACAAGUUUAUCGGGGAGUAUGGUCCAAAGGAAGUUGAUGAAUCGUUAUUUCAUGUUUAUGGUGCUCACAAAGGAAAGGAAAGGGCUAUCACCAGUGCCAUUAAUAGUAUAGCUAGACUACAGGCUCUUCAAUUUAUGAGGAAGUUGCUAGAUGAUCCGACAAAACUAGUUCAGUUCACAUAUCUUCAGUAUGCACCAUAUGGUGAUAUUGUUUCUCAGGCUCUAGCAGUAAACUAUUGGGGUGGACCACUGAUAUCUAAGUUUAUAGAGGAACACAACCCACCAGCUCAAGGAGUAAGGCCUUCUAGUGAAUUGAUCGAAAGCAGUAAUCAUGUGUUCGACAUUGAUGGCAGUGUCUACUUACACAAGUGGAAGACCUCUCCAUCUUGGGCUUCAAGUGCAUCUGUGAGCUUUUGGAAGAAUGCGUCAGUAAGGCAGGGGGUGGUAUUAAGUAAAAAUCUAGUUGUUGCUGAUUCAGCUCUAGUGGAAAGGGCCACAGGAACAUGCAGACAAAAAUCACAGGCAGCUGAAAAAACUCAAGCUACAAUUGAUGCUGCAAUGAUUAAAGGGAUACCCAGUAACAUUGAUCUAUUCAAGGAACUUCUAUUUCCUCUGACCAUAACUGCCACAAAAUUUGAAAAACUUAGGCGGUGGGAGGAGCCACACUUGACUGUUUCUUUUCUUGCAUUUUCCUAUACAAUCAUUUUCAGGAAUUUGCUAUCAUAUAUAUUCCCAACAGCAUUGAUAAUAUUGGCAACUAGUAUGCUAACAUUGAAGGGCCUAAAGGAGCAAGGCCGUCUUGGGAGAACAUUUGGAAUGAUUACUCUCCGUGACCAGCCUCCUUCAAAUACUAUCGAAAAAAUCAUGGCUGUAAAAGAUGGCAUGCGUGAUGUGGAAAAUUAUUUGCAGAAUCUGAAUGUUACACUUCUGAAAAUACAUACAAUUAUCUUUUCUGGUCAGCCUCAGAUUACUACUGAGGUUGCACUAGUGCUGUUAUCUUCUGCAACAGUUCUCCUCACGGUGCCUUUUAAAUAUGUUCUUGGCUUCCUUAUCUUUGAUCUCUUCACGCGGGAGCUUGAGUUCAGGCGAGAGAUGGUUAAAAGAUUCAUAGAUUUCUUGAAGGCGCGCUGGGACACGGUGCCUGCUGCCCCUGUAGUUGUAUUACCAUAUGGAAGUAAUGAGUCUCUAGCAGAACAUGAUCGAAAGGGAAACAAGGACGUAGAAAAGGCCGAAAGAAGUGAUAGAAGCAGUAAUUCUGUAUAGAUUCAUAUGUAUAGCUAUGUGAUAGCCUCAUAAUUCAACUUUAAAUUUUUAAAACCACCUCAGGUAUGUAGAAAACAAGAAUAACCAUUACGUGUACAGAAAUGAA